GACCACAUGACACGAGAACCAACGUGCUUCAUGUCAACACACGUGUAAACACAGACUAAACAAGCCAAGAGUGUCGGCCAUGGCGGACGUUUUAACGCAUAUGUUCGCCAACCUGUCACCAGCGGACUCAAAGAAGGACUUUGUGACUCCCGCGCCGGCAGAGUGCGGCGUUUUAAUAGUCGGAGAACAAAGUCUGGGACGUUCGCUGCUGCUGCUGACGGCCGUGACAGCAGCCUCUCAGGGGGGGAUGAAGGUGGUGUUCUUCGCCCCACAGCAAAUACAAAGCCUGCCAGCAUCCCUGCAAAAAUGUGUACCAAGUCUAAGCCCCGAGAGUCUGAAGAAAAUCACUUUCUGCUAUCCGAGGACAGCGGAGGAGUUGCGCCGUCAGAUUGCAGGCCUCCAUGAGUCCAGCAGCACCUUUCCUCCGUCGCUGAUCAUCGUGGACCGACUGGAGGACUACCCGUGCGACGGCCACAGCGGGCACCACCCAGGUGAGCAGUCCCGCGCCGCACACCUCGCCGCUCUUUUGCGCGACACGGCCGCCUUCCUCACCAGCCUCCUGGAGCGGCAGACGUCAAGCACCGCCCCCUGCCGCAUCAUCGCCUCCUAUAAGCCGAAAGAGGACGGCGCGGACUCGGAUCCCGUCCUCGAUGCCUUCGACCGCUACUUUCAGCUGCAGUGUACUCUGGACCAAGAUAGAAGCUACAAAGCCACAGACGCCGGGCGGCAGGAGGCGUGGCGUGUUUACUUUUCCGGAACCGGUGUCGCGCGUGAGCCUCGGACCGAAGACUUUGAGGUCCGGCCCGGUUUAGAGUGGCAGUUGUUGAUGUUUCCUGAUGGUUCAAUAGCGUUUAAAGUCGCUUAGAGAUGGAAAAGACACUUUGAUUAUCUACAGUUAGUCGUUUGAGUUAGCACCAUGUUAAGUACAUAACUGACACAGCGUAAUGGCAACUUUUGAUGACAAAUAUAUACAAUAUUUUCUAGUAAGAGUCCUUUAUAUUAAUUAACCUUGCUUAUUUCUCUGAGUUGUGAAGUGUUCCCGGUUUCUCGAUUUUCGUCGACACAGCAUGGGUGUUUUAUGUUGGCCCACACCACAACAUAAAUACAAAUAAAUGAGGUAAAAAUAAAAAUAGUAAUACCAUUUAUCCAUGUAUUAAGUGUACAUUUUUCAAUGUAUUUAUAAUGAGUGCUAUUGGCAGUUUACCAAUAUCAACACAAUAUUUAAACUACUUCCUUAUUCUGUUAGGAGUGUAACGGUACGUGUAUUUGUAUUGAACCGUUUCGGUACGUGGGUUUCGGUUCGGUUCGGAGGUGUACCGAACGAGUUUCCACACGGACAUAUUAAGUAGCUCACCGCACGUUGUGUAAAAAAUGCACACCGAGGCACAACACACGGCAUGCUAGCAACGACCGGGCUAGGACAACAUGCAAAAGCCAGAGCUGGAAGACCCUCCUGCCUAGUUAAGAUCUCCCAUUUGGGAACACUUCGGCUGCGCGAUACAACAAUGGAGGACGGAGGUUUGCCGACAUUGUUCAGCAGCUGCUUCUGACAACACGUCAAACAUGCUAACCCAUUUGAAGCGUCACCACCGCAUUCAAGCAGCCUCUCUUCGGCGUGUCAGGCAGGUGUUAUGAGAGUAGCAUAUGGGUGUGUGUGGCCCUUUAAUAUGUGACAGCAUGUGAGGUGAGUGUGUGGGCGAGCGAGGUGAGGGAGCAAUAGCGUGAAUGCGGGGAGUGGCUAUUGUUUUGUUGGAUUGGCUGUGUGCAAGACCUCAAUAAAGCCACGAUUUGCAACUAAUCGCCGGUCUCGUCAUUUACCCUGGAGUCCGGAGCUGUGGAGACCCACUCCCGGGUAGAGUAAAAGGUGUUGCCCCUGAGAAUACAUCGGCCCUGGAGGAGUGUCUCCCCUGCGCUCCUCGACUACGGUCUGGGAGCCGGAAGCAGGAAAGGUGCAACACAGGGCUAAAGCAAUAACAAAUGUUUUUAUAGCAGCAGAUUUAAGACCAUAUUGCAUUAAAAACUAGAUUUUGACCCACUUCUAUGGUGGAAGAACAAUAAGCCCAUAUAUCUUCUUACUGCCAUGUUAGCCAGGCUGGGUGGAGGGAAAGAAAAGUUAAUCUGAGGCUGAGUUGACUUGAAACUGUUUAAUGUUGCACUUUUUAUAUGUAGAAGAAAAGUUUUGUCAAGUUGAAAAACGUAUUGGGGUGUUACCAUUUAGUGGUCAAUUGUACGGAAUAUGUACUGUACUGUGCAAUCUACUAAUACAAGUCUCAAUCAAUCAAUCAAAAAAAAGCACUUUAUAUGUAGAAAGGUUUUGUUAAGAAACCAUUCUGAGCCUUAUAUUAUUUAGUUUUUAUUUUAUAUAUGUUGACCACAUUAACCCUGGCAAUGGACCCUGUGUGUAUAUGUAUGUUAUGCCAUUGUUUACAAAUUUGGUAAAUAAAUAACCAAAACAUUUAUAUUUUGUUGUUUUCUUACUGUACCGAAAAUGAACCAAACCGUGACCUCUAAACCGAGGUAUGUACCGAACCGAAAUUGUGUACCGUUACACCCCUAUAUUCUGUCGUAUUACAUACAAUUGUUUGAGCAAAACAAAGACAAUAGUACACAAUAACUAAUAGAGUUGUAUGGUAUACCGCGAUACCAAUGAAUCAUAUUCGGUACUAUACCGCCUCUAUAGGGUACCCCGGACCAGAUGAGCGAUAAGUUUUAGAAGCCGAGUGCUAAACGAGUGUAGCUUUAUUGUGACACUAUAGCAUCAGCAGCAUUCUUAGGUGCUAAACAUACACACUAACCAUUUUAAACCAUGAUUAAAAAAAAUAAACACUUACUGUAAUAUUUGCACUCUCACUGGAAUUUAAACCGACGGGACGCUCACAUAAUUCUGUUUAAAUGAAGAAUCAAUCACAAUCUUCACAAAGGGUUAAAAAAGUUGCUACAACAAGCGUCUUUUUGUGUCUUUUUCGCCACCCCGGGUACGUGAAAGUGGACCAGCCACAUUUGUCUACUGCAAGGUGAGAGAUGCACGAAUCAUAAUCUAGAAUGUACUUUUAGAAAGUUUUAGAGGGAGCAGAAGUCUGUCAACAACAGCAGCGUAAGCUAGCUUCAGCUCACUGCUUUCAAUGUGCCGCUAAAAUACCGUAUUUUUCGGACUAUAAGUCGCAAUUUUUUUCAUAGUUUGGCCGGGGGUG